AUGGGGCACAGCGCAUUAAACGGAUCUCUCAGUCGAGUUAGUGACUAUCAAGCAGCUGACGAUGAUCCCCGCUAUUCCAAUAACACCAUGGAACACAUUACCGAAAUUGUUGCUCAGCAGGAGGGCAUUGAAAUUCCUCGCGGUAGGGACGUAAUAGUUGCGAAUGAAAGAAGGAGUCGCCUUUACAGUGACGCGUCGAGUACUAGCAGGACAUCGAGAGCAAGUAUGCUUGAGGUGCGCGGUUCUGUCGGCUCCAUUGUUAAAACGGAAGAAUCGGACACCUCUUUUGAGGACAUUCCACAAAAACGCUCUAGAAUGGAUCAGCGAACGAUAGCGAAAGUACCACCUCGUGUGGCCCCAGAUAUCGCAAAGACAGAAAACAGCUCCUCUGACACCCCUCUGGCUAAGAAAACACCAGGACAGAUAAAGUGUGCAAAGGUAUUUUUUCCCAUUCUCACCUUCCUUGAAUUCCAUCUUUGCUCAUCCAUUACAGUUAACACCGCGGGAGGUGCAGAUAAAUUAAGAAGUCUACGUUUAUUGCGAGUUCGACCUGAGCCGUUGCUCGCUUCUUUACUCCUUUAA